AUGAGAGUACGUGUCUGCGCCUGCCACGGCUGCCGCGGGAGCGUCCCGAGCGCGCGCGCGGCGCCGGUGUGGCGCGCGCCGUGGCGCCGCAGGGCACCGUGGUGCAGGCGCCGGCCGCAGUCGCGCGCGCGCCGCCGCCCGACGCGGACGUGCACACGCGCGCCAACGCCGACGAGUGCGCGUUCCGGCCCGUGGAGCUGCGCGCCGCGCCGCCCGCGCUGCCGCCGCGCCUGGCCCGCGCAGCCGCUGCCGCGCGCGACCACCAUCCCCGCACAGCCCGCCGCGCCGCGCGACCCCUCGCCAGAGGACGAGCCGCUGCCGUUGGCCACCGACGUGCUCAUCCCCGCGCAGCUCUCCACCUGCCCGCUGCGCCUCUCCUUCGAGGACACCGCACCCUCGACUCGCCCCGCUGAGAUUGGGCGAGAGGAUACAUCACUGCCAAAAUUGAAUCGAGCCCCCGAUGAUAUUCAGCCGGUGGCUCGAUCUAGGAUUAAGAAAUCUCCCACCACCAAGUCAGUUAGUGAUAGUGCCGCUAGCGAUAUUAGUGUUAAGAGUAUAGUGUCAGAUGAGAGAGAGAUCGAAUCUAUAAUAGAAAAGGAGCCUCUGAAAGUAAGAGUUGAAUUAGAAACUCCCGUGGAGCCCGUGUCGAAAGACGAAAGAUUACGUAAAGAUUUAGUGAUUAGUAGCGAACGUAAUAUAGAGUAUCAACGUCCAGAUGAAAAAGAUAAACCAUCUUUGAAGUCAUCAAAACCUACUGGGCUUGCAGCAUCGGAAGCUGAGAAAAUUAAAAACAUUCAGUAUGAAAUAAAGACAGAGGAGCAAGCCUGGGACAUGCUUUUAAAUGAGCCCGAAAAACUAGAAAAGUGUAACAAAGACGAAAAACCUAACAAAGACCCACUUCGUUCGUUUAGCGAAAAUAAAACUGAAGAAUUAAAAAUUAAAUCAAAGAAAAAUCGCAAACCCAAAAAGUCGGAAGAACAACAAGCUAAAGAAGACGAAGAUAGUUUUGUAGAAAUUCAUACAAUUGAGGAUAAGCAACAGACACUAAGUGACGAUUUAGUGUCCAUAUCUACUCCUUUAGAAGAUGCUAAUUUAGCUUCCUCGUACUUAGCGAAAUCUAGGAAACGACGCUCAUCUAAAAGCCGCACCCCCGAACGGAAAGAAAAUAUAGAAGAACCAAAAACAAGUGAAACAAAAUAUGAUAAAAAUAAUGAUAUUAUUAGUAUGUGUAAGCCAAAAACUAAAAUAAAGGAUGAAUCAUUGUGUGAUGAUGUAAAAGUUUUUACCCACUGUGUUUCUAGGGACGUUAAAGAAACUUUAAAAGAAACUAAACAUAAGGAGUCAGUAAUCAAAGAAACUCAAUCCAAAAUACUCAUUGAACCCAAAGCCACUACUUCAUUUUCUUCUAAAGAAUCUCCAAAAUCUAUCAAAAGUAAAUCUUCUUCACCAAAAUUAGAUUUUCGUAAAACAGAAAAGUCUUGCGAGAUAGAAGAGAAAGAAGUUUAUGUUAUCAACACAAACGAAGAAGAUUUUCCCGAAAUACAAAUCACUAGAGCUAAUAAAUCCCAUAAAAAAUCACCACUAAUGCCAGAAAAAAAGAGCCAUGACACCGGCAAAAUUGAAAUGCCUGUGAAAUCUUGGAGUUCCAUAGCAGCUGCCAAAAAUGUUAAAAUGGUAGAAGAAAAAAAUAUAGUCGAGACUGUUGAGAGUGUGGUAAAAGAUGAUAACCAAGACGCAGCGACAGUUUUAGAAAAUAACAAAAAAUCAGAAGUAUCUUUACAAGAAAAACUGAUGGAGCUGUGCAAAAGAAGAGAUAUAAUGGUCGCUGAAUGCGAUGCACCCACUGAGCUUAACUUCGUAGAAGAACACCACGCGGUAAUGCAAGAACUCCCCCCACUAGAACCCCUCGAUUUCGGCCUCGAUGACUUCAAAAUGGAAGUUAUGCGCGAUAGUCUCUUAGAAACUAGCGAUCCAAAAGUAGCUAGCCCUAUUUGCAAAAUCAAUAUAGAUGAUAUUUUGUCAUCCAUUAAAGAAACAACAACAAAAGUUAUCGAAUCCAGCACAUUUAAUUUAAUUGAUAUCGAGAAAGUGCCUACUAGGAAGGAGAGAGGUUUCAAUGUUGUAGAAAGUGAUAAAAUAACUUCUCAGGAGGUCAAGUUGGACGACGAGAUGAAAUUGGAUAAGGAGGAGUUAGAGAAGUCGUCUGACGACGACAUCGCGUCCCCUGUUCUAUCCACUGAUAGCGAUAAGGAAGAUAAAAAGAGUGGUGAAGCUUCCAAUUCAAAUAUGCCUUUGUCAAAGCAAUCUAAAUCUAAAAAGUCACGUAGGAAGAAGAAA